CUCCCUCCCAACCACCUCAACCGUUGAUGUCUUUGGCUACUUGGAGAAAGGUCUUGUUCGAUCGAGUUCUCUAAUACGAAGGUGAUUGUGUAGUGUGAGAUGUCACAAAUCGGGUAUUGCUUGGCAUCGAAUGUCUGGAAUACAACCAACCCCCUGUCAAGCGUUGUUUGCUGCUUCAGCCCUAACCCUUGUUUAGAUGCUUAACCUCCAAGAUAUCAACUUCAAUAGAUCGUUACCAUUGUUUCGCAGUUUCAGACGCGAUGAUUCCCACGCGUCGAGGUAGCAUCGCUUCAAACGAGCCAAUGACCACCCCUCAUCUUCGAAUCCCGUCGCUUGGCGUGCCAUCUUUUCAAAUCUCCGUCGGUGUUCUCUAAGCGCGGUAUUAGGGGGGGCAGGGCGAGGCAGAUACCAAUGGCAAACUCAAUCUGUUUUCUCCUGAUAUUCAGUGAUUUCGUGCAUAUAUCUGCCUGUUCCAAAAGAUGACGCCCGCCGACCUCGGAACCGCCACCACGACAGGCGCUACGACUACUGCUCCUUUCCCGUUCGCCGAAACAACUUCCCAGAGGAUCGCCUGUAGCGCGCUGGUAACGGGGUAUUACCAGUGUGGGAGCUACGAAAGUGAAGGAUGCUGUCCCACGGGGUAUGCCUGUGCCGAAGAGAUGGAUCGGUGCAUCAUCCCCAGCACUCCGUCGACCAACGUGGAUUUUACUGGGAGAUGCUUCGGGCUGUUGGGGUAUGGGCAAUGUGAUGAGGAGGCGGGAGGAGGCUGUUGCCCUUCCUCCUACGCCUGCCUGGACGGCAGCUGCAUGCUCACGCACAAGGUUCAGAAAACACUCACCAGCUGGGUGUCAUACGGGAGUGUCGAGGCUGGGACAACACCCUCGAUUUUUGUGAUGGACUACUCUUAUCCGCCGGAUAUACAGGUGUCUCUCACCCGUCUUUUCAAUGCGGCUCCUAUGAUGACUACCGAUCCUUUCUUCGAAGGGACCACUACCAGCCCUCUUCUCGAGGGGACAUACACGAUUUCCAGGCUUCCAACAGGUAUCGAUACGGAACCGAAAGGAGGCUUAGGGACGGGGAUUAUUGUGGGAAUUGUUGUUUCUUGCGUUGCGGUUGGCCUGAUGAUCAUUGCGGGGCUGUUCUUCUUUGUUCGACGACAGCGACGAAACAGAAAGGAGGACGGCGACAGCAAAGGUAGCCCUGCAGCGGAACUGGCUGAGAAGUCCAUUGUUGAGCUGGCGGAAAAGUCUGAUGUGUACGAAGUAGACACACGGAGGGUGUUUGAGGCGGACACGGAGCGAUACACGCACGAGAUGGCUUGCAACGACAUCAAAACAGAAGCGUGAGAGUUGGAGGAUACGUCAUGUAAGGUCCCGGGAGCUGCCUCCAUCUUACGGGGUAGUAUCUGAGAAGGAGAAAGACGCGGAUAUCCCUCCAAAGAUGGUACAGACCUAGUGUUCAACAGAGCAGUUGAAAAGUCUUUUCGAACACUAAUAGAGCCGCACUAUCAGCACAGCCCCCAGCAAUUUACCUGGCUACGCAGCACCAACACUCCCUCGAGAUACCUUGCAUCAAUACCCUCAAGGGAACCAAUCGCUUAGAUAAAGGUUGCACUCUUUGAUAUAGGAAGUAAUCGAUAUUCAGUCACACAAGCCUCGAGUACAGAACCAACAAGACUUGGCACACAACCCUCUCUCGCGCUGUUCUGCCUGCCUGGUCUGAGGGAACAGGAUGGUACAAAGGGCAGUUUGAGCCAUUUCGCUGGAUGGCCUUGGUUUUAUCUGCCUUACCCAUCAGUGCACACCCAAAAUGACCACCGCUACCCCAAUUACAUCAUGGGAUUUCCGGGCGAUUGAGGUGCUGGUUGACACGAGUAACAGGGCGCUGGUGGAAUUUCUUCAUACCGCGUACGGCUACUCUUCAGGCAAGCGCAAGUUCCACCCAGACCUCCUCUACCACUGCCGCUCUCCCCAACGCCUGUGGUCUGCCGAGUUGUUUUGACUGCGGGGGAGAUUUCCCUGGGUGUUGUCCCGUCGGAUUGAUCUGUGGAGGACCUGGGGGGAGGGAUGACCGUUGCUUUUUCGACAGACCUGCCUCGAUCGUACCGUGGGGGGAUAUACGUCAAUCAUGUCCGGAUAAAGGCGGGUAUGGAGCUUGCCCUGAGACGGUGGGAGGUAAGAGCUGUCGUGUUUCCCGAUGGUUCACAGCCAACAUGGCGUGGCAGGAGGCUGCUGUCCGGCAUCAUACGCCUGCGUCAGCGGUGGGUGUAUGCUUUACAAAAAAGAUCCAGG